GCGGUGAUUCGGUCAAUUCCAAACAUGGCCUCCAUGACGGUGCGACCACUUCAACUUUAAAAUUUCACCGAUUUUCUCCGCGCAACCUUCGUUGUUUUACUUCCACGAUCAACGGGGAUGUUUCCACGGAGAACCUUGUCACGGCAGACCCAUGAAGCAGACGUUAUCUGCCGGAGAAGUUCGCUGUUGAACACAUCGCUCUAAGUUGGCUGGAAAGCUGGAGAGGAAAAAGAGAAUCGCAUCAAACCAAAUGCCAUCUGAGCCUCAGUCUGCGGAGCCUUGGGACAGAGGACCGCCCCCUCCUGUCACUCGGGCAGGACGUAACGCCCAGCUGGCUAAAGCUGCAGCUGCAGUCCCCGCCUCCGAGAGGCGACCCCGCGGGAGGCCACGGAAAGAUGGAAGCAAUGAUCGCUUUGCUCCUCCCAGUCCUCCUCCCCCUCUUCCCCCACCUUCCAAAGCCAGGAAGAAGGGGCGGAGCCGUGGAGGAGUGCAGGUAAAGGAUGAAGAGAGCACAGGUGCCUCGGAGAAGAGCCGGCCCCAAAACACAGGGCCAAAGGACAUGAAGGCAGCUGGACGCCGCCGGUCCACCCCCAGGACAAAGCCACAAACGGGCCCUGAUCUGGUCCCUGAGAGCAGCCAGGACCGGCUCGUUCUGCAGCCUGACCCAGAUCCGGAUCCUGAACCUGCAGUCCCAGAGGACAGCCCAGAACCAGCUGCUGGUUCUGAGGAGGACAAAACCAGUCCUGCUCCUGCUGCCCUACCCCCAGACCCCACCCCUGAGGUCUUACCCACGUCGCCCUCACUGGACCUCAGGCCAGAGCCUGACCCAGCAGAGGAGGACCGUCCCAGUCUCAACCUCACCAUUAUGGAGGUGGGCUGCAGCGUCAGCAGUGUUGUUAUGGAGACCAAGGGGGCAGGAGCUCGUCCAACGGAGCAGAUUCCAACAUCAAGUCUCCAUUCCAGUCCUCCAGUGUCCCCCUGUCUACGACUGGAGGACGAUGAUGACUCGCUGUCCCCCCUGUUCCAGCGGUCCCCAUCGGAGGAGUCUGGGGGAUCCCCCACACCCAGCCUGGGACUCACAAAAAAACGACUGAAGCAGUGUGCCUUCUGUUACCGUGGCAACGAGCCAGCUCUGGGUCUGGGCCGCUUGGUGGUGUUCGGCCCAACGCCGGGCUACAUCCCGCUCCACAUACUAAACCGCCGCACCUCCUCUGACCAAGACAAUGACUGUCACGACCACUGUUACCAUGGUAACCAGGCCCCACCCACGUGCAGCAGUCCUGAACAGUGUGAGGCUGAGUCUUCCUCAGAGUUCACAAAGCAGCUCGGACCCAUUGGCCUUCCUCAUGACAUCAGCGUCCAAUCACUCUUCGACCCCACAGGUCAGUGUUGCGCUCACCUGCAGUGUGCUGCCUGGUCAGAGGGCGUCCGCCAAGGCGAGGGCCAGUCCCUGCUUUAUGUGGACAAAGCCAUUGAUGCAGGAAGCACUCAGGUGUGUGCGUUUUGUCGUCAGCUUGGAGCAUCACUGCGUUGCCGGGAGGCAGGUUGUGGGCGGAGCUACCACUUCCCUUGUGCUGCUGCUGCAGGUGCUAAUCAGGACUGGAACCAGAGGCACACACUGUGUACUAAACACGCACACACAGGCUCACUGGAGUGUGUGUUGUGUGCGGACAUCGCUGAGCCCAUCAACUUGAUUAUGUGCUGUUGCUGUGGCAACCAUUAUCAUGGCAGCUGCCUGGACCCCCCUCGGACCCUCUCUUCCCUGAGUCGGGCCGGUUGGCAGUGCCCCAAGUGUCGAGUGUGUUGCAGCUGCAGGCUACGGGAUGAUGAGGCCGUGCUGCUGGUGUGUGAGCGCUGUGACAAGUCGUACCACACACACUGUCUCACACCACCUCUGGAGCCAGUUCCAAGCAGCAGCUGGACGUGCAAGAACUGCAGAGUCUGUCACCGCUGUGGUGUGACGUCAUCAGGCCAGUGGGCCAAUCAUCCGUUUCUGUGUGAGUCAUGUGACCCGGCCCUGCCUUGCCCUUUCUGUGGCCAGACCCCCGACCUUUGCACGCUGGAGGAGUGUCUGACCUGCACCACCUGCUUUAGGUCAAUCCAUGCAGAGUGCUCAAACCAGAUUGGGAAAGGCAGGGCGGGGUCUGAGAGUUAUGUCUGCUCUUCCUGCCGGCCUCAGGAGUUAGAGCUAAUUUCAAACAGUACUAGCCCAGGCCUACCCUCAGUCCUACCCACUAAAAUUCCCCUGUCACAAAAUUUAAUGGAGGCUCCAACAAGCAGUCCUUCCCCUCAUAGAACUGUCCGGUUAAUCACUUCAGACCUGCCACAGACUUUAGUCGAGACCAUCUGUGCUCCUUCAAUUCAGAUUCAUACACUUCCUCAGCCUGAUCUUUCAGAGCUUCAAGGUGGCCCUAAAUCAUCUUUUACAGACCAUCAAAGCAGUCCUUCAUCCAAACAGAGGCAGUACAACCUUGGACAGUCACCUGAAGACAUACUCGGUCCUCGACAAUCUCCCUCUGUUGUACAAGAUAGCUCAGUGCUGUUGCUGAAAGACAUUGAUAAUAGUUCUGCACCAUCCUCUUUAAAACAUGAAAAAAGCUCAGUAUCCUCUCCUGAAGAGGUUAAUCAAUGCUGUGCACCAUCUCCAAAAGAGACCCAUCAAAAUUUUUCCCCAAUUUCUGCAAAACGUGAACACUCAUGUGUACCAUCUCCUAAAGUGAUCUGUCAAUCACUUGCUUUCUUUCCAGAGGAGAUGAAAGAUGGUUCUUUAUCUUCUCAGGAAAUUUCUCAAAGUUUGACGUUAUUUACAGAGAAGACCCACAAAAGUUCAGUACCACCUUCAAAAGAGCUCCAUACAAAUCUGGCUACAUCAUUGCAAAAAACCCAUCAACGUCUACAAGUUUCACUGCAAGAGACACAUCACAGUCAAGCAACAUUACUGCAAGAAGCACAUGAAAGUCCUACGGCAUUGCAAAAGAUUCAUCUAAGUCCAACAUUAUUUGCAAAAGAGAUCAAUCAGAGUCUAACAUUGUCUCCAACAGAGACCCAUCAAAUUCAGAUGUCACCUCCAAAAGAGACCCAUCAGAGUCUUACAUUGUCUCCAACAGUGACACAUCAAAGUCCGAUGUCACCUCCAAAAGAGACCCAUCAGAGUCUGACAUUGUCUCCAACAGUGACACAUCAAAGUCCGAUGUCACCUCCAAAAGAGACCUAUCAGAGUCUAACAUUGUCUCCGAAAGAGAUGUAUCAAAGUCCAAUGUCACCUCCAAAAGAGACCCAUCAGAGUCUGACAUUGUCUCCAACAGUGAGCCAUCAGAGUCCGAUGUCACCUCCAAAAGAGACCCAUCAGAGUCUGACAUUGUCUCCAACAGUGAGCCAUCAGAGUGCGAUGUCACCUCCAAAAGAGACCUAUCAGAGUCUGACAUUGUCUCCAAUAGUGAGCCAUCAGAGUCCAUUGUCGCCUCCAAAAGAGACCCAUCAGACUCUAACAUUGUCUCCGAAAGAGAUGCAUGAAAGUCCAAUGUCACCUUCAAAAGUGACUCGUCAGAGUCUAAUAUUGUCUCCAAACGAGACAUAUCAAAGUCCAGCAGUAUCUCCCAAAGAGCCCCAUCAGAGUCUAACAUUGUCUCCAACAGUGACACAUCAAAUUCCAAUGUCACCUCCAAAAGAUACUCAUCAGAGUCUAAUAUUGUCAGCAAAAGAGACAUAUCAAAGUCCAGCAGUAUCUCCUAAAGAGCCCCAUCAGAGUCUAACAUUGUCUCCAACAGUGACACAUCAAAUUCCAAUGUCACCUCCAAAAGAGACCUAUCAGAGUCUAACAUUGUCUCUGAAAGAGAUGCAUCGAAUUUCUAUGUCACCUCCUAAAGAGAGAUAUCAGAGUCUAACAUUUUCUCCGAAAGAGAUGUAUCAAAGUCCAAUGUCACCUCCAAAAGAGACCCAUCAGAGUCAAACAAUGUCUCCAAAAGAGAUGCAUGAAAGUCCAAUGUCACCUCCAAAAGUGAUUCAGAGUCUAAUAUUGUCUCCAAAAGAGAUCCAUCACAGUCUAAUAUCUCCAAAAGAAAUGCUUCACACUCAGUCAUCUCCAAAAAAGACACAUCAGAGUCCAACAUUGCCCCCAAAAGAGAUUCAUCAAAAUUUGUCAUCUCCAAAAGAGACCUAUAAAAGUCCAGCAUCAUCACCAAAAGUGAUGCAUCAAAAUUUGUUGUCUCUAAAAGAGUUGAAUCAGAGUCUAACAUCAUCUCCAAAAGAGAUUCAUCAAAGUCUAAUGUCAUCUCCAAAGGAGACAUAUAAAAGUCCAGCAGCGUCACUUCAAGACAUCCAUCAAAGUCCAACAUUGUCUCCGAAAGAGACCCAUCACAGUCGUACAUCAUUGCCAAAAGAGAUGCAUCAAAGUCUGUCAUCUCCAAAAGAGACAUAUAAAAGUCCAGCAGCGUCACUUCAAGACAGCCAUCAAAGUCCAGCUUCGUCACCAAAAAAGAUGCAUCAAAAUCUGUCGUCUCCAAAAGAGACAAAUCUGUGUCUAACAUCUCCAGAAGAGAUGCAUCAGAGUCCAACGUCCUCUCCAAAAGAGAUGCAUCAGAGUCCAACAUCCUCUCCAAAAGAGAUGCAUCAAAGUCUGUCAUCUCCAAAAGAGACAUAUAAAAGUCCAGCAGCGUCACUUCAAGACAGCCAUCAAAGUCCAGCUUCGUCACCAAAAAAGAUGCAUCAAAAUCUGUCGUCUCCAAAAGAGACAAAUCUGUGUCUAACAUCUCCAGAAGAGAUGCAUCAGAGUCCAACAUCCUCUCAAAAAGAGAUGCAUCAGAGUCCAACGUCCUUUCCAAAAGAGAUGCAUCAGAGUCCAACUUCAUCUCCAAAAGAGAUGCAUCAGAGUCCAACGUCCUCUCCAAAAAAGAUGCAUCAGAGUCCAACGUCCUCUCCAAAAGAGAUGCAUCAGAGUCCAACGUCCUCUCCAAAAGAGAUGCAUCAGAGUCCAACGUCCUCUCCAAAAGAGAUGCAUCAGAAUCCAACGUCCUCUCCAAAAGAGAUGCAUCAGAGUCCAACGUCCUCUCCAAAAGAGAUGCAUCAGAGUCCAACGUCCUCUCCAAAAGAGAUGCAUCAGAGUCCAACGUCCUCUCCAAAAGAGAUGCAUCAGAGUCCAACGUCAUCUCCAAAAGAGAUGCAUCAAAGUCCAACAUCAUCUCCAAAAGAGAAACGUAAAGUCCCUGUAGCAUCAUUGCAAGACUCCCAUAAAAGUCCAACAUCGUUUCCGAAAGAGACCCAUCAAUGUCCACCAGUAUCACUGCAAAAAUCCCAUCAAAGUUCAUUUCUAAAAGAGACCCAUCAUAAUCCAAUACUAUUUCUAAAGGAAACUCAUCAAAAUCUGGACCCAUCUCCUUAUCAGUGCCAAGUUACCAAAUUAUGUCCACAGGCACCUUUUCCAAAGGACACUUAUUCAAGUUUAGCACCCUCUCAAAAUGAGAUGCAUCAAAAUCAGUCAUCAGAGAAAACUUAUCAAAAUCUAGACGCAUCUCCAAAACUGGUACAAGGUGUUCCCACAAUAUUUUCAGUGGACAACAAUACAAGUCCUAAGUUGGAAACCUAUCAGAGCUCUUUCCCAUUUGGAACCAAGACACAUAAAAGUAUUGCACUCUCUUCUGAUGGGGUCCAACAAAGUCCCACCUCUUUUGUUGAAGAAACACAUGAGAGUUCUUCUUUGGAAGUUCCCAUAAAGUGUCUACAAACUCAAGCAUCUCCUCAUCAACAUGUUGUGCUAUCUCCCAGUAAUUUUCAACCAGAGCUAUCUCCAGAGGAAAUCCAUCCAACUAUACAACAGUCACCUCAAAACCCUGCUCAAUCAGCAGAAAUUACUCAAAAUUGUUUUACAUCUUUACAUGUGAUCCAACAAAAUUAUGCACAGUGUUCUGUUCCAUCUACCAACAAUGUUCAACAAGAUCCUUCUUCUAAAUGUGUUGAAAUGAGCCCCGACCCAUAUCUCACAAAUAUCCAAGAAAUCCCAUCUCCAUCUCCCGAAGAGAUCGACCAGAUUACUUUUCUUUCUUGUGCUGAACCAGAAAGACAGAGCCUAAAAUGUCUAGAAAGUAUAAACCCCUCUAACCCUACUGCUGUAGAGCACAAGGUUAGUUCCUCACCGUCUUACCCAGGUCAAAUGAUUGGAUCAAGCUCCUCUGUUUCUCGGACUGAUCCUACUAAGCUGAAAGAACUUUUAUCACCACCCCACCCCAAUUUUUCAGAGGACCAAAAAAGAUGCCCGUCGUUUCUACUCAGUCAAGAAAGAUCUACAUGGAUUCAACCUGAUUUAACAGAAUUUAAGUUGGGUCAGAUGUCCUCCCCGUCUCCUGCUCAGCUAAACCAAAGUCCUACCCAUAAGACUUCUGCACAAAUCCAGUCAAGCCCUUGUCAGCUCAGCUCUUCUGGUUCUAGACAGAACCCCACAGAGAAUGAACGAAGUCCAGUGCAUGCCAUGACUGUAUUGUUCCCUCUUUUACAUUCUGCACAAGACUCACCACCACAGAGUGUCUCUCAGACAGGGCUUAGUCCUACCAAUGUUAAACCAGGGCUUGCAGAAUGUGGCAAUAGUCAGCUGAGCAGGUCAUGUGGUCCCACAAGCAUCUUCCUCUCACAGCCACAUCAUCACAGUAGUAAUCCACAUAACCCUUCACAGGUUGAAACAUCUUCUAAUAGUUCCACACCGAGGACAGAACCAAAGCUGGCCCUCGAGAUCAAUGGAUCCGACCCUGCACAAGAACCCUCCACAAUAGACUUGGAUGGCCCACAUGCCAAAUGUAGCUGUACCACAACACCACCAAAGUCCAGUUCAGCUCCGUGUAGCCCAUCCCCUCCCCCCUCCAGAGCUAGUCUGAGAAGUCGUUCCCAGCCUGGCAGCCCGGUGCAGCAGCUGUGUGAUGAGGGGGUUGGGCUUUCAGUGGCCACCACUGAGCCAAUUUCUCACUCAUUUGAACAAACACUAGAACAUAAACCCCCAAUUCUCAGCAUUACCUCUGACCAGUCAGUGGUGCCCCUUACAGAGAGUGGCUCUGACCAUCCCAGCCCCCCCCUCGUCCCUGCUCACCUGACACCAGAAAGCCUUGAUCACAGCAGCACUUCAAUGGAACACAGUAGUCUAAAUGUCUCUCCUUGUGUUCAGGACACUGAAGUACAUCAAAGUCCUCAUGGCAGUCCAUCAGGUUCUGCAAAAGCUUUUGAAUUAGUGGAUGAGAUGCAAGCUGAGCCAACACUUUCAGAAACUGCCUUUUGUCUCGGGGCUUGUGAGAACCCCAAACCAACACAGGCCAUCCCUCCAACCCAAUCUGAUUACUCUACAGAGCCGUCCAGUCCCAACAGACCAGAAUCAGACCUGGCUCAACCUGCUCAGGCGUUUCCCUCACAGGAUGAAACUAUGAAGGUUCACCCUAACAGUCCAGUCUAUGCAGGGGCCAUCAGUUACCCUGCUCUUAGUUUGUCACAGGCUGUGGUUAGUUCCACACAUGUCCAAAGUUUCUGCAGUCCUUCCUCUGGCCCUCUACACUUUUCCCCAACCCAUGCAGGUCCAGCUAGUACUUUUGUUUCCCACAAUCUGAGCCAAAUCCUCUCAAAUGGUGAAAGCCAGAUGAGUUCUGCCUUUGCCAGUCACAGUCCACCGAGGUCUAGUCCUGCUGGUCAAGCUAGUCCUGUUGAUGUGGUUCAUGCACGUUCUCCCAGCCCUGUCACUCAAGUUAGACCCCCUCAUAGUCCAGCUCAGGGUUUUGAUUUGCAGUUCAGCCCAACUAGAAAACCCCAUCCACCUGCUCACAGCACUAAAACCAAUACUGGCCUUACUGGAGAAGAUUGGAACCCCUCUUUGAAUCCAGAUGUGGUCCUUGUGGCCAGUCCAACUAGCCAAUGCUCUGAUAUUGUAGCUCACUUGGAUACUAGCAUUUUUAAACCUUCAGAGCCUGGUCCCCAUGUCAGCCAAAUGCAAACUCUACCCACAUCUGCUGUUUGUCUCAUCUCAGCUGGUCCAGAAAUAGAUGGAUCACUCAGUCCAUCACACCAAAGACCAGAAUGCCUUGCUCAGACUACACUUGGCUAUGCCAGCCCCACUUCACCUGCCAGUCCCUUCUGCUCCACUCAGUCACAACUUAGCCCUCUUCAGAGAGUCUUGUCUAGUAUUCACACCAGCACUACAUACAGUAUCUCAGGUGCAAGUCCUACUAGUGGCUCUGUGGACUCUGUAGGGCAGGCUCCAUUCAGUUCCAUACAGCCACAGCCUAGUCCUAAUACCGAACCUGAUCAUUUUAGUCCUGGUCCUGCAUCUGUUAGUGGUUUACAGCCAGAACGUAGUCCUUGUGUUGAUUCGGGCCCCGUGAGUCCUUCUCAACAUAAGCCUAGCCCCCUUCCUGUUAAUCCCAUGCAGCCUCAACCUAGCCCCAAUCUUGCAAAUCUCAGUCCUAGUCUUGAUUUUGGUCCUGUUAGUCCUAAACAGUUAGAUUCUGGUCCUGGUAUUGGUGGUGCUUCUUCCAUUUCCUGUGAGGUUAGUCCCGUUCCCACCAGCCCAGCUCAGCCCGGUUCUAGACCUAGUCAGCAGACAGGAAGGCAGAUGGAGAGAGCAGUUACUGGGGAGGUCCAUGUAUUUGACGAGCAGAGGAGCACUGAAGAGGAGAAAACGAGAAGAGAACCUCAUCAAGGGGCACUAGAGAGUUCAGGAGAUGAGGAGGAGGACCAGCUGGUUCUGGUCUAUUCUCCUUCAGGAGUCCAGCCCACCGCUCCUCUCCUCCCUUUGCUGGCCUCCCCCAGUCAUCAGCCCUUUACACCCUCCUGUUCCUCUUCACAUCCUCCUCCUCCUUGUACCAGCUCAUCAGGAACACCUCCUCACGGGACCAGCCUACCUCCAGACUCGGAGGAGAAGGUGGAGCUGAACAACAGCCAGUCACAGAGCAUGAUUGAGUCCGUUUUCAUUCCAACUCUGCUCUCUGAAGAUGAGCACCAAUCACACGUUGAGCCUUCAGAGAAGCAGGAGGAGGUGACUCCUGAUCAUGUGGUUGCUGAGCAACAGCCAAUAAGAGAAAAACAGGAGGAGGUGGGACUUGUGAAGAAUCAGUUGGACAAAGAGGAGGAGCCACCUGUGAGCCCUGUUCUGGACCUUGACCCUUCCUUGGACAAGGAGGUGAUGGAGCUGAUGACCCCUCCCUCCAUUCUGGAGCUGACCUCCACCAGUCCGCCUCCCUUUGGCCGCAGAGGGAAGGGGCGGUGCCUCAGACCUCCUCUCUCCUUCUCCCGCCCCUCAGACGACCUCUCCAUCCGCCUUAGGCAGUCCCCUUUUUCUACAGAGGCCUCUCCUGAAACCUCCCCUGCCAGAACUCCCAUUACACCUCCUCCUCUCACCCCUCCCUCACCUGCCACACCCAGAGAAUCUCCUCCUCUGUCCCAGGCUCCGCCCACCUGUGUGUUCCCCCUCACCCCAAAGAUUGGCAUGGGCAAACCGGCCAUCUCCAAGAGGAAGUUCUCCCCUGGCCGAGCUCGGGUUCGACAGGGUUCGUGGUGGAGCAGUCGCAGAGCACUAAGCCCUCCCUCGUCCUCCCAGCAUUCCACGGGGGAGGGAGGUUCUGAUAGCCCUAAGCCCCGCCCACCAGACUCCUUCCUCUGGAACAUGAAAGUGGGUCGUGGAUCCGGGUUUCCAGGCAGAAGAAGGUCCAGAGGAGGAGGUGUUGGAGGCGGAAGAGGAGGGAGAGGAAGGAGCCGGUUGAAGAACCAGGACAGUCUGACUGUGCCGCCUGGGGGAGGAUACAUGGAGGUGUUCCAGUCAAAGGAGGAGGAGGAGAACUCGAUGCACAACACUGUGGUGAUGUUCUCCACGUCAGACCACUUCACACUCAAACAGGACAUGUGUGUGGUGUGUGGUAGCUUUGGUCAGGGUGCUGAAAGUCGACUGCUGGCCUGUUCCCAGUGUGGACAGUGUUAUCAUCCCUACUGUGUCAAUGUGAAGAUCACGCGUGUGGUCCUGACAAAAGGGUGGCGCUGCCUGGAGUGUACCGUGUGUGAAGCGUGUGGUGAUGCCAGUGACCCGGGGCGGCUGUUGCUAUGCGACGACUGUGACAUCAGCUACCACACCUACUGUUUGGACCCGCCCCUCCACACGGUGCCUAAAGGAGGCUGGAAGUGCCACUGGUGUGUGUGGUGUGUCCAGUGUGGCUCCGCGUCCCCUGGAGUGCACUGUGAUUGGCAGAAUAACUACAGCCUGUGUGGUCCGUGCUUCAGCCUAAGUCAGUGUCCCGUGUGUCAGAGACGCUACAUUCAGGACGAGCUCAUCCUGCAGUGCCAGCAGUGUGACAGGUGGGUUCACGCCGUGUGUCAGGGCCUGACCUCUCAGGAGGACGUGGAGCUUGCUGCUGAGGAAGGCUUCGACUGCUCUCUGUGCAGAACUCACCGCCGCUCCUCUUGUGGGCGAUCAGAAGGUCUGGGACCCUACAUGGCUCAGGUCAUAUCCAGGACCAGAGACCUGGACUCAAAGACCUACACUCAGGACGGCGUCUGUCUCACCGAGUCCGGUCUGUCCCACCUCCAGUCCCUGGUCAAGCCUCUGAUGUCACCACGCAGGAACCGCAGGUGCAAACCCAAACUCAAGCUGAGGAUCAUCAACCAGGUUGUGUCGGUUCUGCAUACCCCUCCUGACCCAGAAACGCCCACUGAUCCGGACCAGAAUCGAGGUGACCUGGACUGUGACCUGAAAUCUGACUCCAGCCCAGAGCGAGACUCCACCCACAUCAGUGACAUCAGUAAGUACUCUGAGGUUACCGAUGGCAACAAGAAGAAAAAGAGAAAACCCUACAGGCCAGGUAUCGGGGGCUUCAUGGUGCGGCAGCGAGGAGGUAAAGCUGCUCUGAGCAGGAAAGACUCCAUGGACAUGAUGCUGAGUCGAGAUCAAGGUGUUCUGGAUGCUGAAGUUUCCAUGGAGACGACAUGUCCCUCUGACCAGGUCACGGAGAAGGGAAAGAAGAGGUACAGGAAGAAAAAAACAAAGCUGGAGGAGGUGUUCCCAUCAUAUCUGCAGGAGGCCUUCUUUGGGCGAGAUCUGCUGCACUACAGCCGCCACACGGAUGUAAGGGUGGGGACAGAGGUACCUGCUUGCAGCCAAUCAGGAACAGCAUUGUCUGGCACCAAAGGCUCCACCCACAAGCUACUGUCUGAGCAGCUCGCAGGCGCCAUGGCAACCAGCAGGAAGCCAGCCGUGUCCGAGGAAGCUCUUGUGGAUCUAUCACAUGUCCUGAACACUGACCCUCACAUUCUGGCCACAGGACACACAGGUCAUUUCCAGUCAGAGCACCACCCCCCGUCCCUGCUUGAAAGUUGUGGGCGUAGCCAGAGGGCAUCACAGGAGGAGCCUCUGGAUGUGAUCCUGAGUCCUGAGCUGGAUAAGAUGGUCUCUGAUGGUGCCAUUCUCAGCAGACUCUACAAUAUCCCAGAAUUAAAGGGGAAGGAUGUGGAGGAGGUCUUCACUUCUGUUCUGAGUCCAAACGGCAACAUUGAUCCAGAGCCAAACAGGACACACACCACUGCAACCCCAACAUUCCCUCGCCUUCCUCUUAUGAACGGUUUGAUGUCUGCUUCUCACCAUCCCAACACACCUACAACUUCCAUCCUAGCCUCGGCUCCAGCUGGAUUCAGGGUGUCUCCUCCUCAAGGUCCCUCCCCCACAUCAGCUACAGCCAAUCGGCCAGCAGCAGCAGACGUGGAGCAGGAUGCACUGUCGACAGCUCAGAGGAGCAUGUUGAAGUGGGAGAAGGAGGAGAGUCUGGGAGAGCUGGCUACUGUCGCUCCGGUUCUUUACUGCAACACCAACUUCCCCCAGCUGAGGCAGCAGUACCCUGACUGGUCCGCGCGGGUGAAGCAGAUUGCCAAACUGUGGAGGAAGGCCAGCUCUCAGGACAGAGCGCCUUAUGUGCAAAAAGCUCGGGACAACCGCGCCGCCCAGCGCAUUAACAAGGUGCAAAUGUCCAAUGACUCGCUGAAACACCUGCAGCCGCCGCCACAGCCACCACAGCCGCUGGGUCCCUAUGAGCAGGUUUCCAUGGAGAUGGAGAUGGCUUUCAAGGACCCAUUGAGACCCAGAGAGUCUGAACAGGAGCAGGAGUGGAAACUAAGACAGCAAAUGCGUCAGAAGAGUAAGCAGCUGGCAAAGAUGGAGGCGACUCAGAAGUUGGAGCAGGUGAAGCAUGAGCAGCGUCAGCAGCAACUCCGCCUCUCUGGGCGUGUCUCUCCAGAGGCUGUCACCGCCCACCAGCCGGUUGCCGUGGGUAACCUCUCGCCCCAAAAGCUGCCAUCAAGCAGACACCUCCUCCUCCAGCAGGGGGGCGUAGAAUUGGCCAGCGAAGUUUUUCUCAGACCUCUAGCCCCUCCCCCCUCCGGAUUCUCCUCCCUCCCGCAGUCCCCCCACACCUCGUCUCCUCUGCACCAGCCUCCAUCGUCUCCCCUGAUGUUUUCCCCACCCUCCUCACGCCCCUCUUCUCCAUGGGAUCCCUACAGUAAAGGUGUGGGGACUCCUCGUUCUUCCUCCUCCCAAUCAGGAAGUACCUCAGCUUUACCGCAGCAGCGCCUCCCCUCCCUCAGCUCCUCGCCGGCCCACGAUGCACUGGGCUCACCUGUGCCGUCUCCAGAUUUUAAAAGCUUUGAUACCUCUCAUCCAGGCCUGCAGCAGAACCGGGUUGGGAUCACAGGCCCCCUCUCUGGCUCCGCCCCUGACCUUUCCAUCAAACCUGCUGGACUCAGACUAGCUGAGACCUACCAGAGGACCACCCUGCGGGCUCCUGAGUCUGCUCUGGUUCAGGGUGGUGUGUUUAAAGCCCCCAUGCCACCGCAGCAGGAGGUGGGAGGAGGAGGGAGGAGGGAGCUGUCCAGACCCCCUGAUCUGGGGUUCUCCCUGGAGCCCUCCUUUCCCUCCAGCCCGCUGUCCAGCCUGGGCUCCCCCCACCGCAGCCCCUAUGCUCAGACCCCUGACCCUCUCCCGCCGCAGUCUCCUCGUAGCUCUCGGCCCUCCCCUGACCCCUACAGUAACCCUCAGACCCCCGGGACUCCACGCUCCCACCAGGACUCGGCCUACCACACCACCCCACCCUUACUGAGGCCGGACCAGUACAACCAGCAGCCUUCCAGCCGGCGCCCGUCUCCAUCCCACCAGCCAGCGGACUCCUACGCCUCCAACCCCGGGACGCCCCUCCCCACCGAGCGAUUCCCUUGCUCCCCGGGGGUGGCCCGGCCCUCCCCUGACCCCUACCUCCAACAGCCCUCCACCCCCCGGAUCCUAAAGGCCCACGAGUCGUUGACCCAGCCCACGUCAUCUUCUUCUCCUCUGGCUUCUGGACCUUCAGCCGAGGUGGGGACCUUCAGCCAGCCCUCUCCAAGACAACAGCAGGACUUGUUUCCCAGAACCAGCAGCAGCCAGAAGCAUCCCGGGAUGUCUGAGGAGGCCAGCUUCUCCGCUCACUCCGUGGGUCAUCUGGCCCCAGGCGCUCCACAGCUGGAGAAGACCAGUGACCAAGUAGCUCUGGGCGGGUCCUCUUUAGAAGGAGCUAUCAGCGUGUUGCCUCAGGCCGGGGACUCGGAGGAGAGACUGAGACAGCGCCAGUGGCUCCGGCAGCAUAUUCUCCGGCAGCAGCACCAGAAGAACAUCCAGCGCCAGGAGAAGGUUCUGCAGGAGCCCACAUCUGGACCUGCUGCUGCUCUGCACAGCUGGCUCCCAGAGGACUCCUCUGCUCCUUCAGCUGAUUCCUUUGGGCGUCCUCCUCCCCCGUACCCUGGGACUGUUCGACCUCCUGCUCCCGGGUUUCCUGGAUGUUUCCCAGUGGAGCAGCACAGAGCUUUCCCCCGCGCUGAGGCUGCCGUCCCCAGACAGAACCGUCCUCCGGACCUGGGUGUCCGGGGGAUGGCUGUGAGGUUUGGUGUUCCUCCUGCUCCUCCUCAGGGCCCGCCGCCUGGUCCUGUUGUUGGUUCAGUGGAAGGAAACCCGGUCCAGAUGAGGAGGCCGGUUCCCUCGGCGUUCUCCUGCAUCCGGCCCGUGAUGCCCCCUAAUGCACACAUGCUGUCAGGUGUCCCUCAGCCCUUCCUCCCGCGUCCCCCGUCUGUCCGGCAGCACAGCGUCACGCCCUACAUCGAGCUCCGACACCGCGGUCCAGAGAGCCGCCUCAGGAUGCCCUUCCCUCUGCCGGAUCCAGACGUCCCGCUGCUGCAUCCGACCCAGCCCGCCUCCGUUCACCUGGGCCCGGCCGGGACGGGCGUGUCCUCGCUGGGGCCCCAGGCGGUACUGACCCACAGCAGCGAGGUGGCGCAGCCGGGUCCUGAUGGGAUGGAGGAGCAUCUGGAGGGGGAGGACUCUGCUGUGAAGGACCUAGAGGACGUGGAGGUGAAGGACCUGGUGGACCUGAACCUCAAUUUGGACCCAGACGAUGGUAAAGAAGACCUGGACCUCCACCUGGAUGACUUCCUGUUGUCAGGGAAGUUCGACUUGAUCGCCUACGCUGAUCCAGAACUCAACCUGGAGGACAAGAAGGACAUGUUUAAUGAAGAGCUGGACCUGGGCGAUCCAGAGGACAAGGACGGAGGCGGAGCCUCUAAGAAGAUGGAUAGCCACUCCCACCAGGGAGACCAGGUGAAACAGGAAGUGAGUGACGCUGUGAAGCCAGAAGGUGGCAGCCAUCCCUGUGAAGCUCCUGCUCCAGGUGUCCUGAAGGAGCAGCUGGAGGGUUCUGCUUCUGCUGCAGGUGCUGUUCGGGCCACACAGGACCAGGCUCCCAGGACCCACUCCCCCACAUCUGCAGGGCAACAGUCUGUCUUCCAGCAACACCAGAGACUGUUUGGACCCACUUCCAGCUCUAAUCCUCCAAGCGCGACUCCUCCCCCUCAGCCGAGUCACCAGAACUCCAGGACCGAGUCUCCACAUCCAGGCACCUCCACCCAGAACCACAACAAGUCCAGGCCCCUGCUCCUGGUGGAGCAACCACUCCUCAUUCAGGACCUGCUGGACAAGGAGCGCCAGGAGCAGCAGCAGCAGAAACAGAUGCAAGCUCUGAUCCGACAGCGUUCCGGUUCGGAGUCUGACCUCUCCAGCGUGGACUUUGACUCCAUCCCAGACCCGAUCAUGAAAGCCAAGAUGGUGGCUCUGAAGGGGAUUAACAAGGUGAUGAGUCAGGGGAACCUGGGCCUGGGCCCCAUGACCAUCAGCAGGUUCCAGCAUGUUCCUGGUGACCCAAGCCCCGAGGCUCCUCCUCCGCCCCCCCCACCAGCUGGACAGGAGAAGAAGAUAAGUCCUCAUGUGGUGCGCCGCAACCCUCCGAGCUUCGGAGCUAGCUUCUCCAAUGAGUCUCAGCGCCAUCAGUACGAGGAGUGGCUCGGAGAGACACAGCAGCUCCUGCAGAUGCAACAGCACCUCCUGGAGGACCAGCUGGCUGCCCACAGGAAGGCCAAGAAGGCUCUGUCGGCCAAGCAGAGGACGGCCAAGAGGGCGGGCCGAGCCUUCGCAGAGGAAGACGCUGCCCAGCUCCGCUCCAUCAGUGAGCAGCAGGGGGCGGUUCAGAAGCAGCUAGAGCAGAUCCGGAAGCAGCAGAAGGACCACUCUGAGCUGAUUGAUGACUACAGGAACAAGCAGCAGCUGAGGCUCCAGCAGAUGCCUCCACAGAAGCCCCUCCCCCAGCCCCACCCGAACCCUCCUGCACAGCCUCCUAAGAACCCUUUGGCUGCCCCCAUGGUGCCCCUGCAGCACCAACCGGACCGCCCUGCCGCAGCCUUUACUCCAAACGCUGGCUGGACCUCAGGAGUUGGAGCUCCUGGUCCCAUGGGGCAGAGGCCCCCCCCUGCCCUUCCUAAUAACCUUCAGGAUCCCCAGAACCCCCCAUCUGUGGUUCCGGCCCUCGCAGCCUUCCCUACGGAUCCACGGGGCCCUUCAGCAGAUGGAGCCACAUUAACACCUCAGGUCAAGUUCGAUGACAACAACCCGUUCAGCGAGGGCUUCCAGGAGCGGGAAAGGAGGGAGCGCCUGAGAGAGCAGCAGGAACGUCAGAGAGUUCAGCUCAUGCAGGAGGUGGAGCGUCAUCGCGCCCUACAACAGAGACUGGUGCAGCAGGACCUCUUGGGGGUGUCUUUGGGCCCCGAGUCUGGAGCAACAGGUCCACCUUCAGCUGGGGCUGUGUCUCGAGUCACUCAAACACCAGGACCCGGUUCUGGAGCACUCGUUAGGAUGGACUUCCUGCAGUCCUCCUCAGCCUCCAGACCUCCAACCCAGGUCCAGACCCUGAUGGGAGCACCCUUCCCCUCUUCAGCAAGCCUCCAUCACGGCUCCACAGGUGCGCCCCUGUAUCCUGCUCCUGGACUGCUUCCUGGGGCCGUGGUGGAGCCAGGCUCUGCCCUCCAGACCAAGCCGAAGCCAGCGUGUCCAGGAGGUCCGGGUCAACGGUUGGGACACGAGUCCAACUCUUCCUCACCUCUGUCCUCCUCAUUUCCUUGUGCCUCCUCUGGAGGCUCUUCCUCGCAUCUCCAGCUCUACUCUGACAUCGUCCUUGAUGGCAAACCAAAGAAGAGCAGGAGAAGGGAUGGAGACGAUGCAGGAGGAGGGGCCACAACGCCGCUGUCGCCACACUCUGACAUCACAGCCCCACCCACUCCAGCAGUGUCCGAGACCUCCGGCUCCUUGCCGACCCACCAGCUGGACUUGUCUUUCUCUGGUCUGGCUCCAGUGUCUGAGCUGGAGAGGCAGCUGUCCGUGAGAGGCCCCGUCCUGGACCUGGAGGGCCAGAGAGGGCCCCGGUCUGCAGCUCAGCUGGAGGUCAAGGUGGAACAGGUGGAGGCGGGGUCCUGUGGAGGAGGCAUGGUGAAGAUGGAGGUGGAUGGGGCCGCCUCCUCUCCCCUUCAGAGUGGAGAUGUGGGUAAGGAGCUGCUCAGACACCUGCUGAAGGACAAGACUUCCCCUCUGACUGCACUCACAGCUGCCAGACAAGCCCACCCCAUCGCUCACCGCCAGCUGUCCAGCGACAGCUUGCGGUCCGAGGAGGAGGAACCGGGUUCCCAUGGCAACAUGGUGAUGACCGGUCCUGGUCCAGACAGGAAGAAGACUCAGCGCUGCAAGAGGCUGGCCCAUCCUGACAGAGCUCCACCCAAAUGCAAGAGGAGGAAGCGGGAGGAGGAGAUGGAGGAGAUGGAGGAGGAGAAAAUCCUCCUCUCCUCUGACCCAUUCAUAGCUCACCUGAGACAGCUGUCCAUCCUGCCCCUCAUGGAGCCGGUGUUGGCCGUGGAUUUGAGCCUCUUCCCCCCGUACGGCAGCUCGUCUCUGGGCAGAGAUUCCAGACUGAGUGGCUCCUUCGGGAACGCGUCUCUGGACGGAACGUCGGACUACUACUCCCAGCUCAUCUUCAAGCAGAAUAACCUCAUCAACCCCCCAACGCCGCCGGCUUCCCUUCCCCCCACACCUCCACCUGUGGCCAGACAGAAGCUGGUGAAUGGCUUUGCCACAACAGAGGAGAUGACCAGGAAGGACAUCUGUGAGCAGGAAGUCAAAGGUGUGUCGGCACCCAAACAUAAGGAGGAGGAGCUUCAGCAUCUUAGGCACAUCUCUAAGGCAGUUGAUGUCCCCGCCUCUUUGCCAACCCCUCCCCACAACAACCUGGAGGAGCUCAGGGUUCAAAGCACAGAGGAGCUCGACAGCCCCGAUGGCUAUGUGCCGUCUUCGUCCCCUGAGAGCGUGGUGGACAUGGAGGUCAGCAGGUACCCCGACCUGUCCUCCAUCAAGCUGGAGCCGUGCUCACCCUGCCCAUCCCCCACAUUACCCAUCAUGCCCUGCGCCUGGGGGAAAGGCUCUGCUGUGAAACAGGAAGUGAAGGCGGAGCCAAAACACCCUGUGCAUCCUUCCUGCCCUAAUAGAGACCUUGUUACCAUAGCGAUAACUGUGAACCCAGUUGCUGCUCAGAACGUGGCGGGUGUGAUGGCUGCGGUGGCCACGCUGCUGCGGGUCCCCGGACCCCUCACUUACCAGCUGAGCCGAGCCACGGGCCCCGAGCAGAGCUCUUUGGCCCUGCUGGCUGGAGUCCGUGUGCCGCUGAUGCAGGAUUCUGGUCCCAGAGGACCGCAGAGAGCGCCCCCUGCUGCAGGAAACCAGUCCCAGUUCUGCUGCCGCUGCAAGGCGCUGCUGCGGAAUGCAGUCCACCUUAAACAGGGAGGGGAGUCCAGGACCGGACCCAGCCUGGUCUUCUGCAGUCCCAGCUGCUUGGCUCUGUACCAGUCCGAGCAUCAGAACCAGUCUACAGGAUGCAAGACCACGGACCCCGGAUCUGAGCAGGUUCCCCCCAGCAGAACGCAGCACCAGUACACCAACAACAUGUCCUCCAUCACGGUCCACUCCCUCACUCACACGCCUACUCCUCCCCCGUCCUCCUCCUCCCCGCCCCUCACAUUCCCCCCUGCUUAUGCUGUCGCCAUGGAGACCAGGCCCCACAUGGACAGCCUUAAGGUGAAGGUGAAGUUGAAACCCCACCCCCGGGCCAUGCCAGGUGGAGACGACUCUCCGUUUUCUCGACACGGGAAAAGAAUGAGGAGUUCCCGCUGGAGACGCUGGAGCGUCAGCAUCACACUCAGCAGGGGUCCGUGUCUCCCUAAUGAGGCGGUCGCUGUGCCAACGGAGGAGGAGGUGGACCACUUGUUAAAGAAGCUGGGGACAUGUCUCCGUCCUGACCCGCUACCUAAAGACCAGCGGAAGUGCUGCUUCUGCCACCAGCAGGGAGACGGGCAGACAGAUGGCCCGGCCCGGCUCCUGAACCUGGACCUGGACUUGUGGGUGCACUUGAACUGUGCGUUGUGGUCCAGCGAGGUCUACGAGACCCAAGCAGGGGCCCUGAUCAACGUGGAGCUGGCUCUGAGGCGGGGCCUCACGCUGCGCUGCGUUCACUGCCAAAAAACCGGCGCCACGACCGGCUGUAACCGGCUCCGCUGCACCAACACCUACCACUUCACCUGUGCCCUGCAGGCUCACUGCACCUUCUUCAAGGACAAGACCAUGCUGUGCCACGUCCACAAGCCCCGCUGUCUCCCUUUCAGCGGCGACAGGUCUUCCAGCUGCUCUCCAUCCUCCACUCCCGGUCCGAUCUCUGACCCGGUGCCUUUCCGUGACCCGUAUGAUUCGGAGUUGCGCUGCUUUGCGGUUUUCCGGCGGGUUUUUGUUCAGCGGGAUGAGGCGCGGCAGAUCGCUGCCGUGGUGCAGCGUGGCGAGAGGCAGCACACGUUCCGGGUUGGAAGUCUGCUGUUCCGGGCUGUCGGAAGGCUGCUGCCACAGCAGAUGAGCUCCUUCCACAACCAGAUGGCCAUCUUCCCUGUUGGUUACCAUGCCAACCGCUUCUACUGGAGCAUGCGCCACAGCAACAGACGCUGUAAGUACGUGUGCUCCAUCGAGGAGGAGGAGGGUCGGCCGCUCUUCAAGGUCAAGGUGGUGGAGAAAGGCCACGAGGACGUGGUCCUGACUGGAGCCACGCCCAAAGCUGUGUGGGACCAGAUUCUGGAACCAGUGGCCCAGAUGAGGAGCUCCAGUGGGACUCUGAAGUUGUUUCCAGUUUACCUGAAAGGAGAAGAUCUGUUUGGUCUGACGUCAUCUGCAGUGACCCGGAUCAUUGAGUCUUUGCCCGGUGUGGAGACCUGUGAGCGUUACACCUUCCGCUACGGCAGGAACCCGCUCAUGGAGUGGCCUCUGGCCUUCAACCCAUCAGGCUCGGCUCGUUCCGAACCCAAAGCCUGCCAGGCCAAGAGGCCCUACCUGCUGACCAGCGUCGCCCCCAGGUGUCAGGGUUCUGUCGGCUCCAUCGUGGGUCUCGUCCCCGGCGUCCUCUCGCUGUCUCCAGGAGAGUCUGUGGCUGGCGCCCAUCAGGGCCGCCACUCCAAGUCAGCGCAGUACCGCCGCAUGAAGGCUGAGUGGAAGAGCAACGUGUACCUGGCCAGGUCACGCAUCCAGGGACUGGGUCUGUACGCCACCAGAGACAUUGAGAAGUGCACCAUGGUCAUCGAGUACAUCGGUACCAUCAUCAGGAGUGAGGUGGCCAAUCGCAAAGAGAGGCUGUAUGAGUCCCAGAACCGCGGCGUGUACAUGUUCCGGAUCGACAACGACUACGUGAUAGACGCCACCAUCACUGGAGGACCAGCCAGGUACAUCAACCACUCGUGUGCUCCCAACUGCAUCACUGAGGUGGUGACCGUGGAGCGGGAGAACAAGAUCAUCAUCAGCUCUUGCAGACGCAUCCAGAGAGGAGAGGAGCUGUGCUAUGACUACAAGUUUGACCUGGAGGAUGACCAGCACAAGAUCCCGUGUCACUGUGGAGCCAUGAACUGCCGUAAAUGGAUGAACUGAUCACGCCUCCCUCUCUGUGCUGAGGCAGGUCGAUCGCCCCCCUUUUUGGGCGGAGCUAAUAUUGUAUCAUCAAACCAAUCAGAUGUUAAUGACAGGUGGGGUGGGGCUGCAGAAGAGGCUGGUCCUCGGUGUAAUUAAGUGUAAAUGUGAGAUAACCGAAUGUUUGAUUUGCACUAAAACACACAAGUACACACACUUGAUCCCCCCCCCCCCCACCAUGUUUAUCAUUUCCUGUAAAAUAAGAUUUUUUUUGUAUUUAUUACUGAAUGAAGCUAUUUUCUAAGGCAGCGUGUAAAUACCUGUACCAUAGAAGAAGAGUUUAGAGAUCACACCCCUUCCUGUGCCGCGCCGUGAUUGGACGAGCAUGGCCGUGUACAUAGGAGUUUUAUUCAGGCUCUGCUGGUUUUGUUUUUCUAUUAUUGGAUGUAAACUAAGUGAAGCCUGGUUUUGGGCCUUUCUGUGGGAAUUAUGGUGCGUCUGAUUCAGAAUCAUUUACAGAAAAUAAAUUUUACAACUUGAA